AAUAAAUAUGCUUUCUUAUGUCUCCUUGAAUUCCAAAGACAGUUUGGAAGAAUUUCUUCAAUUAUAUUAAUGCAAAGAUUCAGAGAAAAAAAAUGUAUUGAAAAAAGAGCGAGAAAUAGUACAAUAUUUGAAAGGCCUGGGUCUUUAAAUGAAAACAGACCCCCUCUUAAAACUGCAAAGAUUUGCCAAGUAAAAUAUUCCUAUUAAAUUAGUUUUACAAUCUAAAAUGAUAAUUCACCUGAUUCUAAUGAAGAAAUCAUCCUCGAGAGAAAGCAACAAGUUAUCGAAAACAAAGAAUUCAAUCUUUCCAACAACCCCUUUCUCAAUAGAGAGAGUCGAUAAAUAAAACGCUCUUUCUCCUUCGAAAAUAACGAUCGAAUUUUAAAUGACCAAAGUGAUAAUGUUGAAUUACAUCAGUUUGACUGA